UCUUCCUGCUUGAUUCAGCUUUGUCGCAGUAUUAGGCGUAGCCGAUUUCAAUCCGUGUACUUCUCAGCAUCCGCCGCGUCUUCACCAACUAUUUAACCACACUUUUCGGGAAGUUUUCUCCUGACUGCUAUAUGACCGAUAUCAAGAAUCUUCCAACAAGCUCUGAUCCAUUUGCUGAUGCAGCAAAGGAUAAUGAUUCUGGUGGCGAUGUUCAGCAGGGUCUGAUACACAUACGGAUACAACAACGUAACGGUCGGAAAACGUUGACCACUGUCCAGGGGCUCAGCAGUGCGUACGACCUACGGAAAAUUGUAAAAGUUUGUAAGAAGCAAUUCAACUGCAACGGCACAGUGGUUGAACACCCGGAACAUGGUGAAGUGAUCCAACUCACAGGCGACCAACGGAACAAAGUUCGAGACUUCCUCAUGGAGUUCGGAUUAGCUCCAGCUAAUCUGUUAAAGGUCCAUGGUUUCUAAGCUGGUCCAAUGUGGACGGGUGACAGUUCUAGUGUCACCCACACCUGAAGCAUCUAAUAAUCCGUAUUGCCUAGUUCAGUUGUAAUCCAAAAAACAAAUUUAACAUAGACUAACAGUAACUUUGUAUUAUAUUUCUUUAUUAACUGGUUGGUUCUGAGCCCGAACCUUCCAGUCUUUCCUCAGUUGGAUACUUUGUGAUGUUGGUGUCGAUGCUUUCCUCUAGGUAACCAUGUAUCUUUUGUCUUUAGACCUGUAUAUAUCCUGCAAACUUUUGUCAUGAACAUACCUCUGUUUUUAUACUGUGAUGUGUAGGACCCUGAUGAUGACGUGAUUCUUGAAUAAUGUACGAUUUCAUGAAAAACUCAGACUGAUACGGACGGAAAAUAACAACUUGAACUGUCAUUAUGCACUUUACAAGAUUUUCUGGGAUCUGUACAGCCUGGUGUUGUACAGAUGACUUUCCACCAAACAAGCCAGGGGAUCUGUACACAAUAGGGAGAUUUGUAACACUACUGCACAUGCCAUGUUUUUAGAGUUCUCAUCUGGCUUUUUUCUGUAUUUAAUAAAGUUUUUAUGCUGUA